CCUGGGCCGGCGCCUGCUCUAAGUGCGGCCGAGCUGCGGAAGAAGGUUUACGAUCACCUGAGCAACGCCGGACGGAAGAACGAGGCCCUACCGUCGCAUCAGUCCAGCAGGCAGAAAUCCUUCGUGCGCCGAGUGAUGCCGCGCAAGACGAGCGUCCGACCGCGCCUCAAGUACGACGAGGACGACUAUCGAGCGCUGCAGCGGAUGGACAAGCUGCGGGUGGACUGGGAUUCGCACGAGGACAACAUUCUCCUGGUGUGCAAGGUGGCGACGAUGUACUUGUGGCCGAACCCGCGCAAGCAGAUGGUCAGCUUCAUAGUGGUGAGGGACGUCCUGCGCAAGUUCUCGUACAACUCGUACAACAAGACUUCGCGCGCUUGUCAACGCCGGUUGCUGUACAUGCUGAGGCAGCCGCGCACGAUGAACAGCGUCGCGCUGGGCGUCGAAGAGAUCAAGCAGGACCCGUUCGUCGACAGGCGCUACAGCGGCGUGAUGGAAAGGCUGAAGGCCGAGAGCGCGAAUCCAGCGGAGUACGAGAAGCGCGUGACGGAGGUGUUCAAAGAGCUCGUUAUGUACAUCGUGGAAAAAUAUUACAACAUCACGGAAAUCAAGCCGAAGAAGCACGCGGAGAUCCCGAGGACCAAGCAGCAGUUCGAUCUCUUCUUCGAGCUGUGCAUCCGGCGAAUCCGCGUCACAAUCAGGGCUUCACGAAGGACGUGCGUAACACGGACGACAUUCACUCGGCGACCAUCAAUUCCGUCAUACACAGUUCCAUGUGCUGUGGAAAGGACAGGCGCUGCUGGGCUUAUCAGCUCUUCAAGGUGUAUCAGCAGUAUCCAGAGGUUCUCUUGAGGCAAGCGAUGAGUAAAAUUAGAGCGGAUCAAUUGGUAACCGUGAAGAAGCACCAUUUGGCGGCCAUCAAGAAGUACGGCAACUACAUGCCGAUGAGCAGUGCGCAGUACCAACUGAGUAUCAACUAUAUCUACAAGCUCCAGAC